AUGGGAACUCUGCCCGGGUCCACCCUUCGGCAGCACCUGGGUGCUGGCUCGUGGGCGCGUGGAUCACCGCGAAGCCAGACAGCGGACACGACUCUCAGGCGAGCGGCCGAUCUGCAUGCCACAAAUGUGUACUUUCCCUUUAAGUGGUCUGUGGCCGCGCAAGCCUCCUUUCUGCACGUGGAGUGCCUUCUGCCUUGCGUGGCAUCGUCGCCGUAUCCACCACACCUGCGACCACUCAUCUCUGCCACGGUCGCCGGACGCGGCGGUUCGUUCGCGGCGCGUAGUAGGAAACCGAGCGCCACAAAACCACCGCUUGUGCGCCUCGAUGAAAACUCGCGUCCUCAGUCGGAGCAAGGCAGACAGCUUGCUGCUUCCCUUUCCUCUUCUGCUGCCUGUGGCACGGUCCAACCUCGACGCGAAUUGCUGCCGUCGCAGUCUCAGUUCCAGGGCAAGUCUCGGGUGUUAAAUAUGCUUUCGAAGCCUCCCGGAUCCUCCACAGUCCCGGCAGACGCACAACGUUUGCGGUGCGCGCGGUUAAAGUCAGCGCCGUUCUGCCUACUCGAAGGAGCUCGACAGCAUGCACAGCUGCCUGGUUCGACUCUCGGACUUCACGCGCAAGCAUCUACCUCCAUCGUGCCGCCCGUCAUCCUUCCCCCGAUGUCGGUGCGUUCGCCGUCCAGGGCGCAAGCUGGUACGGCGUCACCAUCUCUUCUCCUCACCUUUGGCCUGCAUGCUUCCUUUCAACAGACGUGUGGCACUAGUGCCUGGAUGGACGAGUUGGAGACGCAGAAACGCGGACCCAGCAGUCUCUUGCAAAGUGGACGCAUUCAAGGAGAAACGCCACAAGCGUGUGCGGGAUCGUUUGGUGCCCCUCGUCCUGCUGACUGGACAAAGAGCGUUUCAUUUCGUCAUCGGGACAACGCGGGGUUACCUUCACCGCGCCGAUAUGAGACGAACCGGAAGUCGGGCAAGGACGUGAGAGCUGGGAUCAAAUGUGCCAAUAUUCGGGCAAACAACCAAGCACUACGCGUUUCUCUUUCACACGCCAGCAUCACGCUAGUUUCGCCUUUUCAUGCUGCCUCUCACAAAAGGUCUAUCCUGGCCCACGAGCGCGCGCCCCCCCGUUCGCAGAGCCUUCAUUGGUCCAGCGGCGCAGAUCUGUUGCCACGGCCCUCCGCCGCAUCGCGAGCACGUUUGAUCGCCAAUCUUUGGCACGGGCAAAGACCACAGUCGCCACUGAAAUGUCGCGGAAACUGCUCUCGAAGAUUGUCGCGCUGUAGGGAGGCUCCUGGCAUUUUAGGAGGCGCCAAGGUGAGUGGCAGCGACUGGACCCAUUGGCAGGCCGCUCAGGGAGCAAGCAACGGAGAAAGAGGAAGACAUAGGACGGGAGAGGUGGACGACAGUCUCAACGUGGUGAGAGCUCUCGAUGGGAGAAUCCAAUCUACAUACGAAGAAAAAACCGGCGUCAGAUCCAGAGGGACAAGUGAGCUGUCGUCAUUUCUCGCGGACUGCAGACGCGCGACUGCGGACGGGCUAAGCCGCGGUGUGCCUCUUCAGGGUGAACUCGAAGACGCCAUCAGUGAAGUUAGCACACUUGCGCAGGGCGUUCAAGGAUUUGCGUGGCUGAGGACAGCUUCACGACGCGUACUGGCCUAUGGCUUUGCAGUGCGGCUGGGGGCGCGUCUUCUCCAAAAUCAGAAAAACGAACCGCUUCUGACAUGCGCGGUGCCGUUCGACACGUCGCCGCCGCUCCACGGGAGCACCGAUUCCAACUUCCAGGUAUAUGAAGGGGAGCGCCUGUCGAAAACCUCGUCCAGCGCUGCCCCAGGAGCAUACAACCAAGCGCGUCGGCGCCCAUGUUCACUGGAGGAGGCACAAAGAGGCCAUGUGCAGAAGGCGCCCAUGGAAGAGCGGAAAAUGAUGCAUGGAGUUGCAGCCGCCAAGCGAGCGGCUGCGGGCACAUCCGAAGAGUCGCUCAUGCCUUACCCUCAAACCCUGCAAAGGCCAGGUGCCGCGUACCUGCCACGCCCUGUGACUGGUGGACUCCGACGCGGCAGCAACCACGUGGGGACGCCGUCGGCGGCAUGUGCUGGUGCCGCCGUUCUGGUACUUCUUUUGGGACGACAAGGUCAAUCCCGACUGCUGAGAGGCGAGCGGAGAACACACAUGAGACACGCAAAAGUUGAAGGCACAGAGACAGACACAGGGGACACGUAUCGACAAAGCAGCGGCUGUGGCACCCGCUCUAAGAGUUGCCCGGCGAAGGAGAUGUCUGCUGAAAAAGAAGAGAGCUUCAGUGAGCCCAUGAGUGAUGGAACUCAGAAGGAUGGAGAGGACACCAUUUCCGUGGCUGACGAGGCGCCAGAAAGGCACUGUGAUGCGCCCGAGGACGGAAGGACGACGGUGCGAAUUGGGAGCAUGUGGCGGUCUCCUGCUCCGCGCGAGGCAACGCAGGCCGAUGCAAGGACAUCAGGCAUGUUUUACGAUGCAAAGCGUGCGGCGCAGCUCGGCAGCGAAGCGCGAGGGGCAGGCGUCCCUCGGGACAGGGCUCGUAGUCCUGCAAGACUGAAGGAAAGACAACAGGAAGUCGCGUUCGGAGUCGAGAUCGAUGUUGAUCCAGUGGUGGUGUCCAUUUCGGGUGAUGAUCUGGCUCAUCUGCGUGCCCUCUCGGUUGUUUUCUUGGCGUUCCUUGAACAUGUCACCACGCCUGGUCCUGCCGCCGAAGGCGGCAGCGAUUCAUUCGAACCCUGCGAGACCGCCUCCACCUCAAGUAAACGUUGGUCGUUGCUCUCACCUUUGCUGAGUCCAUGCCCAACGCGGCGUGAAAGACCGGCGGAUCAUCCACGAUCUUCGGGCUCUCUCUCCGCCUCUCCUGCUGACUCGUGCGAGCGCCUUCAACGGUGCACCGAACGCAGCGGGAGACGAGCGGUUGUGAGCGACUCGGAGGCCUACUGCGGAGAGCGUUACCUCUUUCGGAGGAAGAAUCCGAUCUCGGCUUUUUUUCGCCCUUCCUCUACUCCUUCUUCUCCUGCGAACCGACGAGGAAGCCGGCAACAGCAAGACCUGGUGUUGAUGCCUAGCGAUUCAUCGCCUUUCCACGCGGCAUCCGCCCGGGGGAAUGCCACCAGGCAAGCUGCGCGCGCACUGCUUCACAGCGCCCUGACUCUAGGCGACCGUGUGAUGAGAUCUGCCUUGACAUACGACGCUCAGCACGCGGGCCCGCUUCCAUCGCGGGAGGCGCCCCACGGUCGAGAAACUGUCUCCAAGCAAGAGCUGGUGUCUACAGGAGUGGGACGGCUUGCGAAUAGAACCAGCAGCGUGGACAAACUCGCCAAUCUGCAGGACACUCGCGCUGGCCGCUCACACACGCCCGCCGGUGACCCUCCAGGGGACUCGUGCCCCGACCAGGGACAGACCGGGAGCCCCUCGAAGAAUGCGGCAGGAACGAGCGGUCGCGCGACCGGUCUGUCCGACGAGACCCAUCGUGUGGACGGCCCCGACGGGUCGGCGAGUAGCCCCGACGCCUGCACGUGUGGCAGAGGGAGACAUGCGAGGGAAUCGAAGAAACUAACAGGACUUGGAAGCGACCUGUCUCACUCGUUCCGUUCGGCCGCACCGCAUUCGGCGUGCGCACACUCAGAAACACUGCCAUCAGUCCGGUUACAGCUGGAUAGCGCAAAAGGGCCCUCAAGAACCUCUCGUGAGCACGAGGGCGAAGGAUGCCGACAGGGGGGGCACCGAAGAUGCGCAAACCCGCGUGCAUCUUCAUCGGACGUUCCUCGCGCAAAGACGAUUGACCUGAGGCAACGUGACGCCGGUCGAAGACCGUUGGAGAGUGUCGAAGCCGACAGCUGUGAACCAACAAGAGACGGCGCACGUGCAGAAACAGGGACCUCCCAGAGGGCGGGUGAAAGGGUAGGAAGGGGACGCUGCGAUUCGUAUUCUCGUGAUGUACGAGAGUGCAAAGAGGCCGGGCAAUUGUAUAUAGACGCAGAUGUUGAAAUGCGGGGAGUGAUGAGUGAUACUGUGUCACAGCGCACGGAACAGCUGGACCGAAUCCGGGAGUCAACGAGAGGCGGAAUGUCAUGGACGGUACCACGGUCACAAAAGGAAAUGCAUAGACCGAAUUCGCGGUUGUGGCUGUGCGAACAAAAGUCUUUCGAAUCGCCUUCGUUCACCCCUGGCUCGUUCCCCCCCCUCGGACUGUCUCUCGCCGCGAGCCUGGGCACCAUUCAACGUGAGACACGGGGCCUAGACCAGGAAUGGUCUACAGGGCCAUACAUCGCAACCGGCAACUGGAUCACGCGCCCGGCAUCCCCGUCCGCGCCCUCUGUGGAGAGAAAUCGAUCCGCCGAUGGAGCGCUUCGACGAUCGGCACAACGGAACGGAGACGCCAAGAGAAAGCAGAGAUGGGAUCGGGUUGUCCCUAAGCCCUUCGUGGAGCUUCCGGUGGAGGCGAGCAUACCUGCCGCAGGGCCGGGGCGGGCACCUCGUCAGGAGUUCAUAACACGAGAGCAGGCAAAGGAUUCAGACCAGAAGGAGGAUCCGAGCGCGGACUCGUCGGACCUGAGUGACGCGUCUAAGAGUGAGGACUGGGAUGCACAUUCCCAGCGCCAGCUCACACCACCAUACGACCCGUCGCGUGAGGGGAGGCGCACAACUACGCCGCACGAACGGGUGAGUCACGCGGGUCUCCGCCCUGCCCAGGGCACGUGGCCCCGCGCGUCCGCUGAGUCUCAAGCUGCCGCAGCUCAGGGCUGUCACCGGAUCGACGCCCCGCUCAGAGGGAGACUAAAGAGGCUGCGUUGGACUCCAGGAUUGCUGAGCUCGCUAAAGUGGCGACGGGGGACCCACGGGCGCUUAGCAGACGCAGCGGGCGCCGGGCAGCAUGAAAAGACGACUGGAAGGGAGCGUGGCAUGAAGGGACGACGACAAUCUCUCCGCAGUGGCUCGUCGACAGGUUCGUCCCUGUCUUUCUCCCUUUAUGAGAGUCGUCCAGCUUCGUUCGCGACCGCACAACGGACGAAACGCAAUCCGUUCUUGUCCCUUUCGCUGAACACCUCCUCGCUUCGAAGGCCGCAACUCCGGAAGGCAGCACGAGGACAGGAUGGGAAAAAAAGACUAGACGACGCGGGAGCCGGGGUCCAGGCUUCCCCUGCUGUCUCUGGAGUCGUACAAGCAGCUUCCCGUUCAGGACGCUGUCGACCGCGCCCCACACCUUUUGGGGCCUUGGCACGGCGGCUUCGCACGCAAGCGAUAAAUGUCAGCGCUGCCGUGAACACACAUGAGACCCCAGACGGGGCCGGCGGUUCUCCAUCUUCCCCCGAUUGCCCUGUACCAAGCUCAGGCGAUCCGCAACACGAGUGCACACUUGCGGCGGAGGCCUCGAAGUCCUUUACAGACGAGCAGGAACCUGCGAGAGACCCCAGGAAAGAAGGCAGGCGACGCCGUAAAAUGGAGAAUGCGAAAGACGCAGGAGAGCAACGACAGACGGAGAGUAGCGUGGCAGAAGAGUGCCAACGGGACGGAUCGAGCUAUGCGUGUGCUUUCGAGGAGACAAGCGACGAAAGCCUGAAGAUGGGCACGCAGACAGAGACGAUAAGGCCUUAUAUUACAGGCCGACUGACACUCGUCGUCUCUAUUGACGUCGUCCACAGGCCUACAAUGACAGAAGAAAGCGUGGUGGAGCCGUGGGCGUGGGACGUGGCAUUCACUCAUCGCCCGCCUCUUACCCACCUACAACCCGCUUUACCGUCUUUCCGCCACCCUCUUGGAGACUUCCCAGCGGCUUCUGCACGCGGCUACACGCAUUUAGUUUCUUCGCAUGCUUCACUGCCUUCAUCGUCAUCCCGGUUAAUGUCGGGACACACACAGGCUGCCUCUCCGCAUCGUAUGCCUCUGGCGCAUGUGGCUGCCUCACACACCACCGUUGAUCGGAAUCCCCUGCUUCGACCGGAUGCUUGGGCAGGACGAGGAAGUCGAGUUGCCUCGUCGACUGACAAAGUGCUGUCCCCUUCUUUCGUCUGUGAGAGCCGUCAGAAGCUAGCACAGAGAUCCGAAGCCGACGCGAGUAUAUCCGCCCGGUUGGUUGAGAAGCAAGGGGCGCCUCAGUCGUCUGCUGGGAGUCGCAGGGUGGAGCACGAUGCAGCGAUCACCAAGGGAGACGGCCGUUGGAGUAGCAGCAUCGUCGGCAGUGCACUACAUCGUGUGGGAGAGGGGCAGGCAUGCAGAGCAAGGUUUCCAAGCGACCCAAGGAAUCACACAGGGGAAGUGCCGCUAUCUGGUCGACGAGAUAGCCGGAACGUGGACAAGUUUGGCUGGCAUUUGGCAGCCUUCCAGGGCAAACGCAAGCCCCCCAAUGGCUCCAGUCGAACCGCGGAUGAGGCGGGCGCCCACGAAGAUGAAGCCAAUGCAGAAGAGGGCAAGGCGAAAACAGUCCAGAUAGACAAGCGCCCAACGUUCCUCUCGGUUCCUAGCCGAGCGCCGCGGCUCGUUAUGGAGACAAUGGGGCGCCGACCGACACCGCCGAAAUCCAGUGCGGCUGGACAGCGACGUGCGCAGCGGGAUGGCGACAGCAAAGAGGACUCAGCAGAUGCAGAAGUCCGCUUCCUGACGCGCUUUUCGUGGCUCAACGUCACCGUUGCACCUCUAGUUAUGGACGCGUUCGUCGAAACAGCAGAUGCAGUCGACGAUGGGCGGAAGCGUUUGAAAUCUGCCCUCUGCCGGCGCUACCAUAGCUGCGUAGUCUCUCCAAACGCGCAUGACGGUGACAACAGUGGUGUUCAGAUGGAGGGCGAGGCAAAGCAUCGUUGUACCCGUCUAAUAUCUUCUGCUCCGUCCUCGAAGCCUUGCGCUUUGUCGCUCAUGGCUGCCGCCGUCGAUUCUGCCUCAAUCCCACUGCAUGCAUCGCGAGGGUGCACUCCUUUCAUAGUACGGAAAGUUCUGCUUCAAGCUUUCUUUCGGUCUCUCGGCGGUGCGGCGGCGCGUCCCUCACUGCUGUCUUCUGCCGGGAUUGAUGUACAGGAUGGGCGCCUUCGUUCCUGGCGUGAUCCUCUGCUCCAGAGCAUGGAGGGAGAAAGAGGACGUGAAGCCGUUGGUCCCAGGAUCGGGGGCUGGCACGCCGCAAACAAGGAUGGACACGUGAGGGAGCAUGCGGAAUCAUGCGAAGAGAAGAACAUACGCGCGUUGGGGCGUCUCGCACAAGACCCGUCGGGGAAUCUCAAGAUAGGAGAGUCAGACAUCCGUCCGGAUAUCGAAGAAAUUCAGCAAACGCACACGCCGCCGGAGUUGUACCGUCAGGCGGAUGCACCGAGAGACAGCCCCCCGCGGCAAAUGCUUUCCUCGGCUGCGAGGAUAUUGCGACGAUCGAUGACGCCGUCCCAAGGCUGUGGAACCUGA